AACACAGAACCGAAUUCUUCUGCCCCUCGUGAAGUCGGAUAACAACGGUUUCCGUGAAUCGUCCCUUCAAAAAUCACACUUCCCGUGCGAAUCGGGUUUACGUGGAUACUCAGGAGAGUGACAAGUGCUGGGAGCUCCAUUCGAGUUCGAGGAGCGCGCCGGACUUAACCUCUCAGACGUUAAUGUUGGGAGACCGUGAUUCAAUGCGGAGAGUUUAAGGAUGAAACGCGAGUCGUUGGAGUUCUGAGGAAAAGCACCAAAGAUGUGGUGGGUUGUUUUAGUUGUCGCUGCGGCUUGGGUGCUGCCCACCGGUAAAUCCCAGUUUAGCGAUGCUGGAGGUUAUGGACAAUUCGGAUUUGGAUUCGAAAACAGCAUAAAAACCCUCCGAGAACCGACGUAUCUCGUCGUCGCUUCCCGCUACGUUCGUCCGGGUCAAAUCUACCGGAUAUACGUGCAAUUGUUCGGGACAGAGAACGACAGUCCCAUCAACAUAAUCGCAGCUAUACAGAGAGAUGGAGUCGAAGUGGCACACGCAUCAGAACAAGUGAUACCCGGCAUGGACACCGAUGUUCUGAUGCAGGUGCCCACAACCAGUGUACAGGGUCGCUAUAAGCUUCGCGUGGAAGGCAACGUCAACGGCGUUCUCGGAGGGACGGCUUUCGUGAACGAGACCGUCCUGGAGUUCUCGCAGAGAUCCAUGACGAUUUUCGUGCAGACAGACCGACCGCUGUAUAUGCAGGGUCAAAUUGUCAAGUUCCGAGCUCUUCCUCUCACAACGCAGCUGAGGGCCUUCUCCGAUGCCGUAGAUGUCUAUAUGCUUAGCCCAAAUCGGACGAUUAUGCGUCGAUGGCUUUCCCGUAGAACAAACCUCGGAGCAGUUUCGCUCGAAUACCCGCUCUCGGAGCAGCCCCAUUAUGGUGACUGGACGAUUCAAGUCGUGGCUCAGGGUCAGGUGGAGGAACAUCAGUUCCGGGUGGAAGAGUACUACCAGACUCGUUUCGAAGUAAACGUCACGAUGCCCAGUUAUUUCGUCAUGUCGCAGGAGUUCGUCGAAGGAUCUGUCAUGGCCAAUUUCACAUCCGGGGCCGCUGUCAACGGAAACCUCACAUUGAGAGCCAGUGUAGAACCAGUCAAAGCGACGUACGACAUACAGUAUCAAUUCGUGCGGUCUAUCGAGCAACAUUUCCGGUGGUUCGAGGGUUACAUGACGUUCAAGUUUGCCGUGCGUGAUCUUCUGAUGCUCAGUCCCAGACUCGAGGGGAUGAAGAUCGUGAUCAAGGCAGAAGUCGGAGAACGUUUCCUCGACCUCAUAGAAUUCGGAGAAUCAGCUACCGUUGUUUUCAACUCCACGCUCAAGCUCGCUUUCCUCGGAAAUUCACCCCAGGUCUACAAACCUGGAAUGCCCUUCAAGGCUUACGUCGCACUUUCGUAUCACGACAACUCACCGAUAGAGAAAGGAACUCUGGUCGGACAACGAAUCGACGAGUAUCUGCGCAUAAGCGUCAACGGAGCCCGGGGCAGCGGGAACGUCGUGCCGGUACCCGUUCCAGGGCAGAAGAAUAUGUGGGAAAUCGCUUUCGAUACAGGUGCCCCGGCGGGUGGGGCAGAGAUCAGUCCUCCGAUAAUCAGGAUCGAGGCCUCGUUUUUCGACGAUUUCUUGGGACGGACCGGCACAGAGCUCCUACUCUAUCCGGAGUUUUCUCCGAGCGGAUAUCAUAUUCAAGUGACCACCUCGACGAAGAAUCCGAAAGUCGGAGAAUAUAUCGUGCUCCACGUUCGUGCCAACUAUUUCGUGGAGAGAUUCUCGUACCUCGUGGUAUCGAAGGGUAUGGUUCUCCUCAGCGGUUACGAAGUAAUGCAGAGCUCUUCGAUCAGGACCAUGGCGGUCUCGUUGAGCUCAGAAAUGGCGCCGUCUGCAACCAUAGUGGUCUUCGAUGUGCUCAAACGAGAGGGGCGAAUCAUCGCGGAUUCGCUCACGUUCCCCGUGGAUGCGAUUUCCAAAGACAAAUUCACGGUGCAGCUGAAUAAUCGAAAGGACAAAACGGGAGACAACAUCGAAGUGGCAAUUUAUGGUCCACCGGGCACGUAUGUCGCCCUCUCGGGUCUUCAACGAGCGCUGUACGAGAUGCACGCGGGUACACAGCUCAGCUACUCGGAGGUUAUCGAGAAAAUGAACUCCUUCAUUCCCAUGAACGGAACGCUGAAACAUGAGACCUUGUCCCAUACGGGUGACGCCAGCCUCUUCGUCAACUUCCCGUCAUCGUCAUAUGGCUUGGACGCGAACCGGACGUUUUCCUAUGCGGGACUGGUCGUCUUCACCGAUGCUAGCGUGACACGAGUCCGCGAGGAGUGUAACAUCACCGCAGGCUACCUGGGUUGUUACGACGGCUCUUGCUAUCCUGCCAGCCGGCGCUGUGACGGCUUCAGGGAUUGUUCGGAUGGCUCUGAUGAGACGGCGUGUCCCGAAAACCGGAUCGACAUCAAGAAAUUCCGCAUGUUCAGAACGAACCGUUAUCUCCUCCAGUACACGAACGCUUGGCUAUGGAAAGACAUAAACAUAGGGUCCCUAGGACGCUACAUUUUCACCGUGCCAGUACCUGACGUGCCCACGCAGUGGAUGAUCUCCGCUUUCGGGAUGACUGAAGCAAACGGUUUCGGAAUCGUCUCGAAACCGAUAUCGUUCUCGAGUGCUAAACCAUUCUACAUGACUGUGGAGAUGCCGGGCAGGAUUCGGUUGGGAGAACAAAUCGGGGUUCGAAUCACUGUAUUCAACUACCGACACUACGAAACCGAAGUUCUGAUCACCUUGGCGAAUUCACCCGACUAUAAGUUCGUUCACGUGGAUCCAUUCGGUUGGGUCAACUCAUACAGACCGAAGACGAGCUUCGGCGAACAUCAGCAUCUCGUCUUCGUGAAAGCUGGCAAAUCGUUCGAGGUCUACAUGCCCAUCGUCCCGGUGCGCUUGGGUGAAAUCAACGUGACAAUCUUGGCGAAGACUCAAAUCGCCAAGGAUCAAGCCACGAAGACAGUUUACGUCGAAGCCGACGGAAUCCCUCAAGAGAGACACAUUUCAAUGCUGCUUGAUCUCUCCCAAGGCGCCUACCUCCUCAAAUACUUGGACACAAACAUCACCGAAACACCCAUUUUGCCCUUCCGAGAGGAUCGUCUCUAUAUAUUCGGAAGUAACAAGGCCACAGUCUCCAUAGUGGGAGACGUGGUGGGACCUGCUUUCCCCACGAUGCCGGUCAACGCAUCGAGCUUGAUCGAAAAACCUGCCUUUUGCGGGGAGCAGAACAUGUUCAAUUUCGCCGCCAACAUGUGGACUCUCUUCUACCUACGUUUGACCGGUCAAUACAGACAGGGCGAUCAGAAAGAAGCGUUUACGUACCUCAACUUGCUGUACCAGCGCCAACUGCAGUUCCAAAACGACGACGGCAGUUUCACUGUUUUCCGUUGGGAUCGUCGACCGAGCGUUUGGCUGACAGCGUUCGCUCUGAGAACUUUCCAAAAAGCGACCUUUCAGGAGUGGGAACACUAUAUCUACAUAGACCCAACCGUCAUCAGGAGAGGAGUAGCAUGGCUGCUCAGCACUCAAUCAGAUGAAGGCAGUUUCCACGAGUUUUCGAUAUAUCCAUACGAUCGGAAAAUGAACUCCUACUCCGAAGGCCAUUUCGAGCGUUUGAAGUACACCAACGUCUCGCUGACCGCCCACGUGCUCAUAACGCUCUGUGAGGUCAAAGAUAUCGGUGGAGACGUAGGAGCCCGCAUGGCCACGGCAAAGGGCUCGGCCCGACGUUAUCUGGAGCAGAAACUCAACAUCAUCAGAAAUUGGGAAGAUCCCUUCGAAUUGGCAAUCGUCGCGUACGCCCUCACGAUUGCGAACAGCGACGAUGCCGAAGACGCUUUCAAAUACCUCGACGAUCGCAAGAUGGAAGCCGCCGGAAUGAUCUAUUGGGGUCGGGUCAGGGUGGAUCCUCCGCGCGACAAAUACGAGAAUCAGCGGCCGUACCGCCAGCCGAGGCUGCCCGCUCUUUACGAGUCCUCCAAUGUGGAAGGAACGGCGUACGCUCUCCUGACGUUCGUGAAAAGGAACGCGGUGAUUCAAAAAGAAAUCGUCGAAUGGCUCAAUUGCCAGCGACUGCAUGACGGAGGAUGGUCUAGCACACAGGACACCGUGAUCGCCAUGCAAGCCCUGACCGAAUACACAAUCCAAAACCGGCUGAGCGAUGUUGUGGAUCUAACAGUGACGGUCGACGCCCCAUCAACGCCGGGCUUCACUCGCGAGCUCAGAAUCAAUAAAGAGAAUCUCAGCAAAAGGCAGGCGCUCACGAUUCCGAACGCCUUCGGAGGUGUACUUAUCAAAGUUCAGGGUUCUGGACUCGCCAUUCUGCAAAUGCAUGUGCAAUACAAUAUCGACACGUGGAAACACUUGGUGACGCAACCACCCGCUAAGGCAUUCGACCUUGAUAUACGGCAGUAUGCCUUUGGCAGAAAUAAUUCCCAUAUAACAUUCACAUCAUGUCAACGAUGGACUCGUCUCGAAGAAUCGAUGGCCAGUGGGAUGGCGGUUCUAGAGUUCAACCUUCCGUCAGGCUACUAUGUGCAGCAGCAGCGUCUCGACAGCUACGUGCGAUAUGCUAGGGUCCGAAAUCUUCGCGAAGCCCGCUACCAGGAGAAGAAACUGGAGAUGUACUUCGAUUAUCUCGACGAUGAGCCAAUUUGUGUGGACGUCACGAUAAGCCGGUGGUAUCCGGUAGCGAAUAUGUCACGUUACAUAUCGAUUAAAGUCUACGAUUACUACGCUCCUGAGCGCUUCAACGAAUCGAUGUUCGAGAUGUAUCAUCUCUACGCUAUGUCCAUCUGCCAUGUUUGUGGUUCUUAUCAGUGCCCCUACUGCCCGGUCUUCAGCGACGCAGCUAGGUUGCGUGUCGGCCUCCUCAUUUACGCUGUGGUGGUCCUCACAGUUCUGCGCGCAAUCAACUUGAUUCGGUAGAUUUACUCUCAGGGAAUGAAUGAGAAAGGGAGAUCUGAGAGAGUGAGUGUAUAUACAAGUGUGCUGAUGAUUUCCUGAGAUGCUUUCCCGGUAUAUUUUUACACCACUCGAAGCGCAGCUCGUCUCGCAGUGUCAACAAAAGCGUCACUCCUGACUAGUAUUUAUUGAGAUGAGAUAUUGAGACUGUCUCUUCAUACGAACUACGAAAAUAAUUGUUCUCUGUGUACAUUGAACGCAGGAUGCGGUCUGCAUCUAUCAAGCUCCUGAGCACAAGGAGAGACACUACAAAGCGAUAAUCGAGAUGAUUGAGGAACCAUAACGCCGCAAUAUUUUUGUACAUAUAAGCCAGAAUACGGGCGGUGUUCUCACAGAGCG